ACAAACUCUCCGGCCUGGGCAACCCGCGGUCAGUAAACCACUAGGAGUCUGACCUCAUGGAGGCAGGACGCCCUCUCUCGAGGCGGGGAAAUUUGUGGUGGUUGGAGGUGGCAUCGCGGGUGUCACCGGUACUAAGCAGUACAUUGUAACAGGAGAUGGCAGUCAGUAUGUGUAUAAGAACUUUUUGUGCUGGAGCUAAACCAAAAUUGAUACACGAAGGAAAUCCUUUUGUAUCAGGAACCCAGGAUACAGACAGUGCUCAGGUGUUCUCAUAAGGAACAUUGUUUAGUUUGAUCUAGACGAAGAUGGUGGCCUGAAAGUGGAUGAUCACAUGCACACGUCUCUCUCUGAUAUCUAUGCUGCAGGUGACAUCUGCACUGCAUCAUGGCAGCCCAGCCCAGUGUGGCAGCAGAUGAGACUGUGGACCCAGGCUAGACAGAUGGGGCGGUACGCAGCCAAGUGCAUGGCUGCAGCUACUUUAGGAUACUCUAUUGACAUGGACUUCAGCUUUGAACUUUUUGCUCAUGUAACAUUUUUCAACUAUAAGGUUAUACUACCAGGAAAAUACCAUACAUGGGGCCAAGGUUCAGAUCAUGAAUUAAUGCUGAGAUGUACCAAAGGACAAGAACACAUCAAAGUCGUCAUGCAGAAUGGGAGAAUGAUGGGAGCUGUCUUAAUUUUAAAUCAUAUGGAUCUUUCAUCAUAUGAAGAAGGUCUGCUAGAUCCAAAUAUUGAUAUACAUUAUUUUGAUUUAAAAAGGCAUUUCAAGAAUUACAUAAAGUUCCAAGUAACACAAGAAAGUCACAAUAAGAUUCCUGCCUGUCUCCUGUGUUCAUCUGGACCCAGCACAGUACCAUUUAAAGCAUCCCAUAAGCUUUAAUGUAUUUUUUCAUUAUAUAAAGAGUCAGUUACCUUGAAACAACUCUG